AUGCGUCUCCCUGCCCGGCACCGGCCAGAAUCUCAAAUAAAAAAAUUUCGCCUGGAGAUGCUGGGAGAUUGUAUCUCCACAUCUCUCGCAGCGUCUCCUGCAUCUCGGAUUUCCUGGGAAUCAAAUACCGGUGAUCCAUUGAAUCACGAAGCUGCUGCAGUCUUUGAAGCAGAUGUAAAUACAUUUAAAGCAAAUGUUAGUAAAACAAUGGCAGGUGGAAUAUUGAACAAUACUCAACAUAAUAUACUUAACGCAGACCACUAA